CCCUCCGGCUUCCGUAGCAAAAGAGGCACGUGACCAGUCAAACACGGAAGUGGCGGCUCGAAGUAAACAUUUAUGGCUGCUACGUUGUUGUGUGUCUUUAGUUGGAAAUAAGACUCGGAGCUCCUUGCCACAUCGUGAUUAAGAUUCCGAGCGGUGUCAGUUGAGACUUGGACGGGUCGAGACGUGAAAAUGACGCGCGGGUGGCUGAUCUCCGAGUGUCUUCUCAUCUGCGUCACUCUGUGGAACAACGGCGGCGGAGUUUCUGCCAAAUCAUCCCGGAGACCAAACGUCGUUCUAAUCCUCACCGACGACCUGGACAUCUCCUUGGGCGGCCUGACUCCACUAAACAAGACCAAAAAACUGAUCGCUGAUGCAGGCAUCUCCUUCACAAAUGCAUUUGUGGCCAGUCCGCUGUGCUGCCCCAGUCGAGCCAGCAUCCUGACGGGCAAAUACCCCCACAACCACCACGUGACCAACAACACCCUGGAGGGAAACUGCAGCAGCAAGGCCUGGCAGAAGAGCGAGGAGGCCAACACCUUCCCUGCUUUGCUCAAGAACCUGGCCGGAUACCAGACCUUCUUUGCUGGGAAGUACCUCAACCAGUACGGCCACUCUGAGGCUGGCGGAGUGGAGCACGUUCCUCUGGGUUGGAGCUACUGGGUCGGACUGGAAAAGAAUUCCAAAUACUACAACUACACCCUGUCAGUGAACGGGAAGGCUCAGAAACACGGAGCGGACUACGACAAGGAUUACCUGACUGAUGUCCUGGCCAACAUGUCCCUCAGCUUCCUCCAGUACAAGUCCAGCUACGAGCCCUUCUUCAUGAUGGUGUCCACGCCGGCGCCCCACUCGCCCUGGACGGCGGCACCGCAGUACCGGGGCCGCUUCAACGACACCAGGGCGCCCAGAGAUCCCAAUUUCAACAUCCACGGCAAGGACAAGCACUGGCUGAUCAGACAGGCCAAGACGCCCAUGGCCAACUCCUCCAUCCACUUUCUGGAUGACGCCUUCAAGAGACGAUGGCAGACUCUGCUGUCCGUGGACGACCUGGUGGAGAAGAUAGUGAAGAGGCUGGAGGUCAGAGGAGAACUGGACAACACCUACGUCUUCUUCACCUCAGACAAUGGCUACCACACAGGUCAGUUCUCGCUUCCCGUGGACAAGAGGCAGCUGUACGAGUUUGACAUCCGCGUCCCUUUGAUGGUGCGAGGACCAAACAUCAAGGCCAACCAGACGAGUCAGGUUCUGGUGGCCAAUGUGGACCUGGGCCCUACCAUCUUGGACAUCGCAGGAUUCAACGUCAGCAAGACGCAGAUGGAUGGCGUGUCCUUCCUGCCCGUUCUGGAGGGGAAAAGGAACGGCAGCGCUUGGAGAUCAGACAUCCUGGUGGAGUACGAAGGGGAAGGAAGAAACGUCUCGGACCCCGCCUGCCCCCUGCUGGGACCCGGCGUGUCGGAAUGCUUCCCAGACUGCGUGUGCGAGGACUCGUACAACAACACCUACGCCUGCGUGCGCACCGUCGCCCCCUCGGCCGACCUGCAGUACUGCGAGUUUGACGACAACGAGGUGUUUGUGGAAGUCUACAACCUGACCGCCGACCCCUUCCAGCUGAGCAACAUCGCCAAGAGCAUCGACCAGGAAGUCCUGGAGAAGAUGAACCAUCGCCUCAUGAUGCUGCAGUCCUGCUCGGGACAGUCGUGCCGCACGCCCGGGGUCUACGACGCUCGGUACAGGUUUGAGCCGCGCCGGAUGUUCACCGCCCACGGAAAGCCACCAAAGAUGAAGCCGCUCUAAAGAUUCCUGCUCCCGUCAGCCUCGUUCGUCAACAAACCCACGAGGGAACGUGAAGACAAGCUCAGUUAGCUGCAGCGUGGAUUCCAAUUGGGUCUCACACACACACACACACACCUUCAAACAGGAAGUCCAUUCCUCUACAUAAAACAUACGUUCCUAUGUAUGCAUGUAUGUAUAAAACAUGCAUACACCGUGUACAAGCAGCUGUUGUACGUAGAAUUAUGAUACAGCAGUACCUCACUGUUUCUUACUCAUUUGCUCCAAAAGCUCCGAAAACCAAAUACAUUUUUCCCAGACGAAAUCAUGUAAAUCCACACCUCCAAUGAGUUUGUUCUUGAAUUCAGUGGUGUUUCUCACCUUCUUUGUCAAAAUUUCUUUGGCCCCGUGGCAGGCUAUUUUGCAGCCGUACUCACCAAGGAUGCUUUGUUUGGGCGUGGUGUAUCCUUCUGCAGAAUCAGGGAUGUUCGUCAAGUACGGAGUCAAUUCAAUAAGUUCAAUAAAUUAUUCAAAUAGAUUUGAAAAAUAAAAUACGAUUCAAGAAAUGUAAUACAUGAAAUUAAAGAAUGUCAAAGUACAAAAUAAAUAUAAUCAAAUAUUAAAAUAUAUUUUAAAAAUAAGAUCCUAUUUUUUUAAAUUAUAAAUAAAAUUACACAGAAUGUUAAUAAAGUACAAAAUGUAAUUAUUCAAAUGUAUUUUAAAUAAAAUAGUAUUUUUUUAAUAACAAUGAAUAAAAAAUUAAGAAUUUUAAAAUUGAGAUUAAAUACAAUAAAAUUAUUACAAUUUAUUUUAAAAAAUAAAAUACUGUUUUUAAAAAAUGUAAUAAAAUUAAACAAAGAAUCUUAAAGUCCAAAAUGAAUAAAAUUAAAUUAUAAGAAAACGUUUAAAAAAAAAAACCAAUGUUGUUAAAGUACAAAAUAUUUUAAAAAUCUAAUUUAAAAAGAAACAAAAUUGUAAAUAAAAGUAAGGAAAGUUAAAGUACAAAAUCAAUUAGAAAAAUAUUUUUUAAAUCAAGUUUAAAAAGAAAUCAAAUUAAGCAAAGCAUGUUACAGUACAAAAUAAAUUAGAAAAAUUAAAUUCCUAAAUGAAAUGGGAGAAUGUUAAUAAAGUAGACAAGUUUGAUACGCUCAAUAUUGCAAACAUUUUAACAGAAUCAUGAGAAAAGGGGGGCAUUGAUAUGUAGGUUUGGCUGUGCAGUGGGUACCUCGUUGUCGUAAGAUUUGCUUUACUACUAAAAUUGCUGCCAAAACUAUGCCUCGCUUUUCUUCCGGCCAAACAAACUAGUCCGUUUUGCCUGCGUGUCAUUCCGUGGACUCGAGCGCGCAAACAAAGAAUCCCCACGCCUUGUGGUGGGGUUUAUUUGUAAUUAUUCACUGCUGCAAAAUAAGCCACCAUGGGGCCCAGGAAAGUUGCAAGUGCCAGCGUUUUGAUAAAGAAGGUGAGAGAGAAACAGCCCUGAAUUGUGUGGAAUAACAAAAAGUACUACUGUGAGUAUUCAUACUGUAUACUGUAUACAUGUACAGUUGAUUGUAUGCUCAGCAAAGGGUUCCCUUGGAGCUUUCACUAACUAGCUAACUUCCUACGUUGGACAUGCAGCGACUGUGUUUUAGAUUGUUUUGUUUUUGCUUAUUUUUUCAUUUGCAACUUUGAGCGUGUUGCCGUAUUUUGGUGUUUGAUUGAAGCCCUGAGCGGAAAAACGAUGCUGAACGCUGAAGAAAAUUGUCUGUCAGUGAAGACUGAGUUGUUCUUUUGGCGUCUUUUCAAAUAAUUAUUAUUGUUCUUGAUCAACUUGAACUGAUGAUGCACUUUUCCUCUUCUUUGAUGUUUUUGUGCAAAUUAAAGAUAUUUCAGAUAUGAGACAA